AUGUCUUCCCACACUGCCAAAGCCGCGCGCUCCGCUUCCCAAGCUUUAUCUAGAUCGUCGUCCCAGAUUCCCAAACAACCUCACUCCCCCACCCCUGCGAUAGCUUCCCGACCAACAACCACAACAACACCAAAGAGCUUUGCGACUUGCUACAGCUCAACCACCACAUCGACACCCCUUACACAGCAAUUUCACAAGUCGUUCUCGACACAAGCCGCCAAGAUGUCGACUAUGCAUGCUCAGCACGGCCACAGCGAGGGAUGCUGCAACAUCCCUCCUGUCGUCUCCAAGGGCUACGAUGCCAAGGGCAGCUAUGAAGAGAUCGGAUCAAAGAAGACUUACGUCACCGGUCCCGCCGACGCAAAGAAGGCCAUCGUCGUCACUUUCGAUAUCUUUGGAUUCUUCCCCCAGACGCUUCAAGGAGCCGAUAUCCUGGCCACCAGCGGCGCCGAGAAGUACCGCGUCUUCAUCCCGGACUGGUUCGCCGGCGAACCCUGCCCCAUCGAGUGGUUCCCCCCCGACACCGAGGAGAAGCAGAAGAACCUCGGCGGUUUCUUCCAGAAGUUCCCGCCUCCCAAGAUUGCCGAGCAGACCCCGGACUACGUCAAGGCCAUCCAGUCAAAGUACUCAUCCAUUGAGUCUUUUGCUACCAUUGGCUACUGCUGGGGCGGGAAGGUCGUUUCACUCGUGACCUCGGGUGACAAGAACCCCUUUAAGGUCGCCGCCGAGGUCCAUCCCGCCAUGGUCGAGCCCGAGGAUGCCAAGGGCAUCAAGAUUCCGCUCAUUAUGCUCGCUUCCAAGGACGAGCCCGAGGAGGAUGUCAAGAAGUUCGAGGCCAACCUCAACGUGACUAAGCACGUCGAGACUUUCAAGGACCAGAUUCACGGAUGGAUGGCUGCUCGUUCUGACCUGGAAGAUUCCAGAGUUAAGGAGGAGUACACUCGUGGAUACAAGACAGUUCUCGAGUUCUUUGGAAAGAACUUCUAA